AUGAAAGAAAAAAGUAUCGGUCCAUCGGAGCAUCGACCAACACUGGCGGUUGGUAUUAGUGUAGCAUCAGUACAGUUCACCUCGGAGUCGUUCGAGAUGGCUUCAGGUUCCGAUAGCCCAAAAACCCUAUCCGUUGAUAAGUGCCCUUCGAAGUACGAAGCAAACGACUUCUCCACCACGUUGUCGGAAGUGCAUCGUGGGAUCGCCCUCCGUGAGCUUGGUGAGACAGACGAACGGCGUAAUGAAUCACUACGGCUGCUGCGCCAAUGGAUCGCUACGCAUCCUCACAUCCGAUCCUGUCGCACGGACGCUGCAUUUCUGCUGCGUUUCUUGCGUGCUCGAGCCUACGAUCUUCCGGCGGCACAAACCACCCUUGAGCGUUAUCUCUCGAUGCGUCAGCUGUUCCGAAUAUGGUAUGAAAAUCUCGACCCAACUGAUCGGUACAUGCGUGCGUUGAUUGAAGACGUUCAGGGCUGUCUACCGUUAGGGCUUGACGUGAAGGGCCGAAUGGUGGCAUUGGUGCAAGUUCGCAAGUACGACGUGUCACGUUUUAACUGUUACCAUCUCGGACGGCUGCAGCACAUGCUGUUUGAAGCGUUCUUCGACGAUGUCGAGGUGCAGAUCGGGGGUGGUGUCGCGAUCGUGGAUUGCGAGGGCGCCACUAUGGGCCACUUCGUAUGCUUCAAGUUAUCCGACAUCCGGAACUUUAUGGAUUGCCUCAACCACGCGUUGCCGGUACGCGUGAAGGAAGUGCAUAUUGUGCGGUUGCCGCGAAUCGGCCAGGCACUUGGAAAUCUGGUGUUAACCUUCGCCGCCGAAGAUCUCCGGAAGCGCAUCUUUUUUCACACCAGCAUGGAAGAUGUCGUGAAAUACGUGGGCCGAGAUCUGCUACCGAUCGAGUAUGGUGGUAAAGUGAACCCACAAGAGGUUACUGACAGUUUGAAGCAGCGGUUGGUAGCCAAACGAGACACCUUGUUACUUCUCGAUCGAAUGGAGAUCAAUGUAGAGCCGUACGCACAUCUCUGGGCACGUCAAACGGACGAGGCUGACGUGGAGUUCGGGAUGGAGAUUGAUUAGAUCUUCAACCCUUAAUAAGUGUUAUCGAAGACGAUCGGUUGCGUAACGUCGCACGAUAAAUCAAUCACGACAAAACACGCUCAUUGUGGGGAUAAUCGCAUGUGUUCCAAAUG